AUGACAGCUUGUGAUUCGCUGUUCCCGCCGGUGACGGUGGCUGGCUGGCACUCCGUGUUCCCACGUGUCCACCCGGCCACCCUUGGUCGUGAACUGACGGUGGAAGAAAAUGAAAACGAAAGAAACCGGUUUGGGCCUUUCAAGGAUAUAUUCCAGUCUCCACAAUUGAAAUUGGAUGGUCUUGCCGGCUGCCCAAGCAACAAGCCCAUUUAG